CGCUUCCUCAGUCCGCGGCCCCGCGGAGGGUGCCGCAGCGGCCCGUCGAGCCGCCGCGCCGGGGUCUGGGCUCGGCCUCCGGACUGCGAGUUCCCUAUGCUGUUGGCGACAUGUGGCGCCUCCCGGGACUCCUGGGCCGAGUUCUUCCCCGACUGCUGGGACCUGGCCUCCGAGGGGUAACGCCCAAGUCCACCAACCCAGAUGGGUCUCAGACUGCCUGGUCCAACCUGCUGGUCCCUGUGACCAGCUUUGACAGGGCAGGCCCCCAUGGCCCAGGCCCAGGCACAAACAGGGGCCCAAGGUCCCAUGGAUGGAAGGAUGCUUUCCAGUGGAUAUCUACCCGUGUUUCCUCAAACUCCUUGUGGGAUGCACUAUCAUGGGGCACCCUGGCCGUGCUGGCCCUGCAGCUGGCAAGGCAGAUCCACUUCCAGUCAUCCCUACCAGCAGGACCUCAGCAAGUGGAGCGUGGCUCUUGGCACAGUCCCCUGGACCAUUUCCUUUCGUCUCCCUUGUGGCAUCCGUGCUCCUCACUUCGGAGGCACAUCCUCCCCAGCCCUGCUGGCCCAGCUCCCAGGCAUACUGGUCUCAGGGAACCCAGGCUGGGCCAGGAAGAACCCUCCACUCAGCCCGAGAACCUCUCUUCACACAGCUCUCUGAGGGCAUCCAGUCUUCAGGAUCCCAUUGAGGAAGAUCCCAGUGAUCUCAGCUUCCUGCACACCAGUAGUAGCUUCAGAUCCAGGGAAAAGCCAGCCCAGCCUCAGCCCACUGGAGAAAAGCAGGAACAAGAUAAAUCAAAAACUGUUUCCCUUGAGGAGGCUGUGACUUCCAUUCAGCAGCUCUUCCAGCUCACUGUUUCCAUUGCUUUCAACUUCCUGGGGACAGAGAACAUGAGGAGUGGGGACUACACGGCAGCCUUUUCUUACUUCCAGAAAGCAGCAGACCAUGGCUACAGCAAAGCACAGUACAACGUGGGCUUGUGUCACGAGCAUGGCAGGGGCACCCCCAGGAACCUCGGCAAGGCAGUCCUUUCUUACCAGCUGGCUGCCAGCCAGGGCCACAGCCUGGCUCAGUACCGCUAUGCCAGGUGCCUGCUGCAAGGCCCAGCCUCCGAGUGGGGUCCUGAGCAGCAGAGUGCAGUAUCUAUGCUGAAGCAGGCUGCAGACUCAGGCUUGAGAGAGGCUCAAGCCUUCCUCGGCGUGCUUUUCACCAAGGAGCCACACCUGGAUGAGCAGAGAGCUGUGAAAUACUUUUGGCUUGCAGCCAACAAUGGGGACUCCCAGAGCAGGUACCACUUGGGGAUUUGCUAUGAGAAGGGCCUUGGUGUGCAGAGGAAUCUGGGAGAGGCCGUGAGAUGUUACCAGCAGUCAGCGGCCCUGGGCAAUGAACCUGCCCGCGAGAGGUUGCAGACCCUCUUCUCCACGGAGGCAGCCACUAAAGCCCUGGGGCCCAGCGACCCGGCAGUUACAGGAUUGAAGUCCUUCUCCAGCCCCUCCCUCCUCAGCCUCAAUACGUUACUGGCAGGAGCCUCUCGCCUCCCACACGCCUCGAGCACAGGGAACCUUGGCCUCCACUGGAAAAGUGGGCAUCUUGGAGCCAGCCCUGGGGCCCCCAGGAGGGCCCUCCCCCAACACAACUACCCCUUGGAAAGGAGUCUCGUCAGCCUUGGUUUUGGCUAAGACCUCCUCACUUCAGCCCUGAGGAAGGGAGUCUGUGGGUUCUCAGAGAGAGAGAUACCACAACUUGAAUCCCAAAGCAGAGGCCAGUUACCUACUCAACUCCCUAAAGAACCUCAAGCGCCUGCCCCAGUACAGUAAAGAAGAAGAAAGUAUGUGAAGACCCAGGUCCUGGCCAUGUCACCUUGAAACAGUGACCCGACCUGCUGCAUUGUUUUCUCAGCUAUAGACCAAAGGUGUUGGUGUCUGCCCUCCUACCCUACUGAGCUCACACGGAGCCUUUCACUGCAGAAAGGACCUUGGCCCUCACUUCAGCCUGGGGAGGCAGAGUGGUGCCACGGUUACAUGGCUUUAUGAGUCAUCAGGCCAGGAGAAGACCCAGACCCUCUGAUUCCUGGCCCAGGGGCUCCCUUGCACGAUUUCACACAGUGGCUUUACAUAGAAGUGUUACUGUCAUCCUGCCAAUGUGAGGAAGGAAACGGAGACUGAACACCUGGAGGCUUGGAGCAGGAAAGUGUAGAUUUUGAGAUCCUUGUUUGUAAAGAGUAUAAAGAGUAUGCUAGAAAUGGAUGGGAGUUUAAUAAAAUAGAUAUCGGAUUAUCUCA